AUGUCGUCGCAAAACCAACCCGAUGUCAACACUCUGUUGCACAACAUGCAUGCACAGAUUUUGGUGUUGACCACACAACUCGCCGAGCUACAGGCAGCCCCUCCUGCAGCAGCACCCUCGGUAGAGAAAAAGUUUAACAAGAAAGUCGAAAUCAUCGCUGACCCCGGCGCUUUCAAAGGAGACCGGGCUCGAUUUGCCGAAUGGUGGACCAAGCUCCAAAUUUGGAUAAAGGUGAACUGGGAUGCGUUCGCCAAUGACUUUGAGGUAGCAACUGUGGUGCUAUCUCAACUAAAGGGACCUGUGGCAGGUCAAUACGCCCAAGUUAGAUUACAGGAGUGCUACACCGCGGGUGUGUGGCCUGCCUGGGAUGAUCUCAAAGUAGAGAUUGAAAAAUAUCUUAAACCACAGGCUGAGCGUGACUGGGCUCGCCAACAAAUCCAUUCCUUCAAACAAGGAAACAUAAGGACAGACGACUACGUAACCCGGUUCCUGGCCCUCUCCAUCCAAGGGGGUUUAGGUAACGAACAUGCAAUAGAGUUGCUGGAACGCAAUGUGAACCCCCACAUUGCAGAACAACUCUACCUGCAGGAUAUGAGGCAGGAUAAACUCUCAGACACGGCAGAAGAAAUUCGUAAAAUCGGGCAGGGAGCCCCUAUGGAUAUUGGCGCGGUCCAGGGCAGACAGAUGCACAGAUUGAAAGGGAACUGCUACAAUUGUGGCCAAGAGGGACAUAUGUCCCGAGACUGUAGAAACAGGGCGCAGGCCGCUCAACCAAAAAAUAAUCAAAGGCGCCAGGCGCGCCAAUUAGAAGCAGAAAAACUGGAUGAUUGGCUUAAUUCUUUAGCCGGUUGUUCUUACGACAAAAUCUGGGCUUUCUUCUAUGAUCAACAGGCUGCUGAGAUGAAGGCCCAGGGAAAAGAAUUCGGAGCGUAG